AAUGUUUUCCUGCAACCCUUGGUCAUGCAGAAACGCUCAGGGUUGCAGCAGAAACACUCCCCGUCUUUUUUCUUUCCAUAUUUAUAAACGCAUCAUAUCCCAUUUAUAUUAUUUCUGAGGUUAAAGUUCUUUGAGGCCAGUUGCAUGCAUUGUUCGUCUCCAAAAAUGGUUUGCGAGACUAAAAUUGUUGCGGAUGAACACGAUGCCAUACAAGGGACCAAAAAAGAUUCUAUUAUCGUUUCCUCCUCGCAAAUGUGGACUUCUUCCACACCGGCACCGAAUCCGAUCGAGGAAAAUGAUGUGAGGAAAGAUACGGUUUUUAUCCGUGAGUUUGAGCGCACGGACCAUGUGGAAGUGCGCCGCAUCUUUUACGAGGGGAUCAUGGAGAGAAUCCCCAACACCGCAUUCAGAGGCAUAUUACAGCAAAGUCAAACCCAAUUCUUAUAUGUUCUUCUGACACUAAUGUGCUUUGUUGUGAGCAAAUCCCUCACGCUGACCAGCUGUGCGCCGUUCGUUCUCAUGGCCGCGCGCUACUUCUACAGCAGCAAAGUUAUCCACAACUAUCUGGCCUGCGCGCUCCGAACUGACAUGGCGGACAUCGAGGAGUAUUACAUGAAACCCACAGGCUCGUGUUUCUGGGUGGCAGUGCUGGAGGGUCAGGUUGUCGGCAUCGUGGCGGCGCAGGGCCGGGAGGACGAUAACACGGUGGAGCUGCGCCGCAUGUCGGUGGACUCGCGCUUCCGCGGCAAGGGCAUCGCCAAGGUGCUGGGGCGCCGCGUGCUGGAGUUCGCCGUGCACAACAACUACGCCGCCGUUGUCCUGGGAACCACCGCCGUCAAAAUGGCCGCCCACAAGCUGUACGAGUCACUGGGCUUCCGGCGGACGGGCGGGAGCGAGGACUACAUGCUGCCUGGCAUGAGCGGCUCGCCGCUAGAGAGGCUCUUCUUUCAGAUCCGUUACCAGCGUUACCGCCUGCAGCUCCGCGAGGAGUGAGGGGUGAGAGAGGGAGAGAGGGAUGGAAAGAGAGAGCAACGACACCUCCUCCUCGAAGCAGAGCCCCUCGCCCGACGAGCCUCGACCAAGUCCCCGAUCAAUCUUAUACUCCUCUGACAACUUUAUUUUGUAUCAGUUACUUCUUCUUGCUACUUACCACUACUAUGUCAAUUCAUUAUUUCUAAGUCAUUAACUUAUGGGUUUUUGUUUUACAUUUUAGAUUUAGUGUUUUACCCCCCCCCCCCCCGCCUUUGAGUAAAUUAUUUUGUUUUGCCUAUUUUCCCGUCCUUUCCUGUUGUAAGAAAAAAGAAUCCCUAACAUAUAUCACCGUCCCAUGCCUAUUCAAAUGACAUCAUCAAUUGAGUGUUCCCGUUGCUUUUGAUAGAAAUUUGAUUGCAAUCAGUUUUUCGAUCACCAUGACAAAAUCACCCCCCCCCCCUUCCUUCCACCCUCCCUUUACUCAUUAACACUAAAAUCCCCUCCCACCCCCUUCAGAACACCAAUCAGAGGCUUAAUCAGGAGGGUGGCGUGUUCCGUAACAUUCAGAUAGAAAUAUAUCACGUAGAGCAGACAUUGUCCUUUGCCAUGGAAAACAGGCAUUCGUGUCCGCCCUACACAUGGCAUUUCUAUCUGAAUAGUUUCUAUCUCAAACGCACCCUGUCUCUCGUUAGCCCGCCUAAGCCCUCUCCAUUGUCACAACAACGUUUGUGCCCAAAAAGACCUGGACAAAAAGACAAAGUAGGUUGGCAUUUCUCCAGCUCAGCCCAUAUUGAAGCACAGCAAGGGUCAUCAAGUGUACUGUACCAGCCCUGUGGAGAGACAGGAGGAACAGGCAGGACGUGUACUGUGGACACACACUGUGGAUCCUGCAUAGGCAGGAAAACAAACACAAACAGGCUUGCGUCCCAAAUGGCACCCUAUUCCCUAUAUAUUGCACUACUUUUAACAAAGGCCCAUAGGGCUCUAGUCAAAAGUAGUACACGGUGUAAGAAAAAGGGUGUCAUUUUAGAUGCAGACACAGUGCAUUUUCUGUUUCCUAAACCCUCCUGCUUUCUGCUUUCACUAUUUCCUCCAUCUUUGGUCACGUUCUCUUCCCCUCAUUCAACACAGUGUCAGAAUCUAAUUCUAUGAUUCCAUUCCACCUGCAUGGGAACUAUGAAGAGGGUCUCUCUGAUUGGUUGGGAAGACGAGAGGGUAGUUCAGGUCAGGGGUACGUACCCAUGCAGGGUGAAUACUGUGUCAAUGUUAAUCAUAUUACUAAUUUAAUCAUGGGUUUUUCUAAUGAGUAAAUGAUCUAAUCUAAUGAAACAUUGAGUGUUACUGAGUUUUAUGUGUAAUUAUCAAUGGUUUACUAAUUGAAUCAAGAUAAAUUUGAACAUUUAGAAUAUGUUUGGUAUUUGAUUGAGAAAUUCGAGAUUUUGUUAUUAUUAUUCACAACAUUUGAUGGAAGCAUUGCUACUUUGUAGUAUGCACAUUUUAUGGAUACUCCUACAUGUACAUAGUAACCGCAAUCUAGUAUAUAUUUAAACCAGGUAAUUGGGGGAAACUACUUGGGUAGACCUAAUACAUUAUUCAAAAUAUUUGCGGAUUUACAGUACAUAGCUGGCUUAACAAAAUGUAUCUAAGCACAAAUGUUUCAGUUUGAAUUUAGACACAAUACUAUAUCCAAUUUACAGGUAUAUUUAUAUCCUUCUGUGUAUGUAUUAAUGUGUAUACAGUUGGAAUACUCUGUACAGUAUGUAGCUGACAAACCCAAAAGACGUCCCUCUCCCUCCCCUUCAUAAAGAUAACCACUCUCUCCAUUUCCAUCCUCCUAUCAGAGACAGAACCAGCAGAGGGAGAGAUACAACUUCUAUGAGCCCAAGAGUUUGUCAUACUUGUACAAAAAUCAAGAAAUUAAAUGUAAAAAAAAAAGAUCAUAAAAAAAACAUAGAUUUUUUUAAAAAGUCGACAAAAAGAUGUCAUGAAUUGUGCUGAUCCUCCUUGCCUUGACUUCUACUCCCCCUUCUGACCCCCCAUUCAUAAAUCUGACUGCAACCCUGGGCCAGACCCCCCCACCCCUCCCCACUCUUCUACCCACUCCCCACCCCAUCUCUGCAUGCGCCACAGUCUUGCUGCGCUGCUUUUAUUCCCCCCCCCAAAAAAAAAACUGCCCCUAUUGUGAUGUCAUCAAAGCAGUCUGGCCCCUCCCUGCAACAAUGGUGGAGAAUGCAUAGGUGUGUGUGUUAAGUUUGUGUUUGUGUGUGUUGAGUGUCUGGUUGAGUGUUUGUGUGUUGAGCGUGUAUGUGUGUGUGUGUGUGGUUGUGUGUGGAGGUAGGGUAGAUGAAGAGGUGCAUUAAACCCACUCACCGCAGCGCAGCACUGCCUUGAUGACAUCAAGCCUGCCAAUUGUAAAAUGCAAAAGCAAUGCAAGUGUGGCAUGCCUCUGUUCCUGGUGUGUGCGUAUAUACGUACGGUGCCUGCCCUGGAAAAAUAAUCGGAAAACGACAUUUAAAAAAAAAAAGAAAGAUAUUUUUUAGCUGAACAUAUAAACAAAAAUGUGUGUUUCUUUGUCAAGAGAAAAAAACAUUUUUUUUUUUGCAUGAGAUGUGUCUUUGAAUGAAAAUGUCUUAGAGGAUACAUUGUACCACAUGGCAAGCAGUGGAGAUAAAAUGUUUCAUUUUUGUAUUAAGUUGAUAUUAUCAAUGGACUCUUUUUAUCAAGGGAGUGGUGAUAUCAUGCACAGUGAGAAGAAUCCUAUGGAGUUUGUCCCUGGGUCGUUUUGACAAACGUCAAAUAAAGCAGUGAGAUCAUG